AUGAAGCUGUUUCUUCUGCUUCUUGCUGUGUUUGUGGCAACAGAACUGGUGAUGUCAGGCAAAAAUCCUAUCCUUCAGUGCAUGGGGAACAGAGGAUUCUGUAGAUCUUCCUGCAAGAAGGAGGAACAACCCUAUUUCUACUGCAGAAAUUAUCUGACCUGCUGCCUCGAGCCCUACGUGAGGAUCAGCCUUAGUGGCAUAGAUGAAGACACUAAAUGGUCUUAUGAGAAACACUGGCCAAAAAUACCGUGA